UUCCGCAACGGACAAUUCUGAUCCUAUGCUUUCAAAUUCGCAGUGAACUCGCCGGCGUCUCUUCCACGCACGCGACAGCGGCCGCGCGUUCACUGCACGCGCAUACAGUUAUAAAAAUAAAUUAAAAGAUUUUUGCUCUCUAGUACGCGCGGCUCCGUGAAAGGUUGUGAGUCAUUCUAGUCAACGGAUAUCGUUGAUGGACUACUGUACAAACGCUACACGUCUGCAUAUGCAGGUGGAUAGUUCCGAGAAUUGAUGAAAUUUCGCUACAAAGGAUUCCGAGGAAGAAGAAGAUCGCUGGUGUUGGAAUCGAUCUUUGAUCGCGCUGCGAUACGCGGAAGGUUUUGGCGGAGUUUGUGAUUGUGUGGGUGUGAUUUGAUUUUUUUAGUUUUUGAGAGGUUUUUGAUAUUCAGGAGCUUCUUCCGUUUCUUUUAUGUGGAUUUUGAAAAUUUUGCUUUAAUUAGAUUUUCGAAUUCAAGUGGAAUAAGUUCCGUUGAAUUCAAAGUAGAGAAGAACUCUUUUCUUGAGGUUUUUGCGAUUUUCUUUUGGGAUAUUUCGCGUAGUAACGUGUAGCAAGAUAUAUUGCUUUAAAGGCUGCGGUACUACGCGCGGCAAUUCAUUGAAUAUUGCGGAAUUAGAGCAGUGGAGAUGUCGAGUUCGAAGGUGGUGUGCGAGGGAUGGAUGGUUAGGUAUGGGCGUAGAAAGAUUGGGAGAUCAUUCAUUCAUAAACGGUAUUUUGUGCUGGAUUCUCGACUGUUAGCCUACUACAAGAAAAAGCCUACAGACAACGUGGUGCCAAUCAAGAGUCUAGCAAUAGAUGGAAACUGUAGGCUGGAGGAUCGGGGGCUGAAGACUCACCAUGGACAUAUGAUUUAUGUUCUGUCGGUUUAUAACAAGAAAGAGAAGUACAAUCGGAUGACGAUGGCAGCCUUCAAUAUUCAGGACGCACUCAUGUGGAAAGAAAAGAUUGAAUCUGUUAUUGAUCAGCAGCACCAAGAAUCUCGAGCUACUGAUGGUAAUAAGUAUCAUUCUUUUGAGUACAAAUCUGGCAUGGAUAAUGAAAGAAGUGCUGAAUCAUCAGAUCAUGAAAGCCUAUUUAGUGCUGAAGAGGAUGAAGACAGUUCUCGUCCAAGUUUGCAACGAAGAAUGACAAUGGGGAGAGGUCCUCCUGAGUCUGUUGUUGAUUGGACAAAGGAAUUGGAUUCUGACUUGGCUCAUCAGAGUUCUAGUAAUCAUGCAUUUUCUAGAAAGUAUUGGCGCCUUCUUCAGUGCCAAAAUGGGCUUCGGAUUUUUGAGGAGCUUCUUGAAGUGGAUUUUCUUCCUAAGAGCUGCAGUAGAGCAAUGAAAGCUGUGGGUGUAGUGGAGGCUACCUGCGAAGAAAUAUUUGAGCUUGUGAUGAGCAUGGAUGCAACUCGAUUUGAGUGGGAUUGCAGUUUCCAGUAUGGUAGCUUAGUUGAAGAAGUAGACGGACAUACUGCUAUAUUAUAUCAUGCUCUUCAGUUAGACUGGUUUCCUACGUUUGUUUGGCCUCGUGAUCUCUGCUAUGUACGCUACUGGCGUCGAAAUGAUGAUGGGAGUUAUGUUGUUCUGUUUCGUUCGAGGGAGCAUGAGAAUUGUGGCCCGCAACCUGGAUAUGUGCGAGCUCAUAUUGAGAGUGGAGGGUUUAAUAUAUCUCCUCUAAAACCUCGUAAUGGAAGGCCCAGAACACAGGUCCAACAUCUUAUGCAGAUUGAUCUGAAGGGAUGGGGAGCUGGUUAUGUUUCAUCUUUUCAGCAACACUGUCUUCUUCAGAUGCUAAAUUGUGUUUCUGGAUUGCGGGAAUAUUUUUCUCAAACUGAUGAAAGGACUGCUGCCCCUAGAAUACCUGUUAUGGUUAAUAUGACAUCAAUGUCCAGUUCCUCAAAAAGGAGUCAGAAACUCAAGUUAACUUCUAUUUCUCACCGGAGUCCUUCUCUUGAUCAAAUACAUGCAGCAAAUCAGCAUGCUGUUUUGAUGGAUGAAUACUCUGAUGAGGAUGAGGAUUUUCAGACUGAUCAGGAGGCCACAGAUGUAGAGGAGAAAAGAAUUGCCUCUGAAGAAGAUCCUCAAGACCAAAUAGAUUUGUCCAUUUUCUCGGGUAACCUCCGCCGUGAUGACCAUGAUAAGGCUCGUGACUGUUGGACAGUGUCUGACGGGAGCAACUUCAGAGUUCGUAGCAAGAGUUUCUGUUAUGAUAAAUCGAAGUCUCCUGCUGGUAAACAUCUUAUGGAUCUUGUUGCUGUUGACUGGUUUAAAGACACAAAACGGAUGGAUCAUGUUGCCAAGCGCAGCGGUUGUGCAGCACAAGUUGCAUCAGCUAAAGGAUAUUUCUCAAUUGUCUUUAAUCUGCAAGUACCUGGAUCGACGCACUAUAGCAUGGUAUUUUACUUUGUCACAAAGAAAUUAGCACCACGAUCGCUCUUGCAUCGGUUUGUUGAUGGGGAUGAUGAGUUUCGUAAUAGUAGACUGAAGCUUAUUCCAUCUGUACCGAAGGGCUCUUGGAUUGUGCGUCAGAGCGUUGGGAGCACCCCUUGUUUGCUAGGAAAAGCAGUUGAUUGCAACUAUUUCCGCGGCGCUAACUACUUGGAAGUUGAUGUCGACAUUGGUUCUUCAACCGUGGCCAACGGUGUUUUGGGGCUUGUAAUCGGCGUGAUCACUACACUCGUUGUUGAUAUGGCUUUUCUAGUACAGGCCAAUACCCCGGAAGAGUUGCCGGAACGGCUAAUCGGCGCUGUCCGAAUCUCCCAUCUACAGCUCUCAUCAGCAGUAGUCCCUGCACUGGACUCAUGACCACAUCCAACCACACAGGGUCCACAGGCCUGUGAAACUUCAUGUUUCGACGCAGGCCGAUAAAAAGGCCUGAAACCUACGAAGAGGGAAGAUUUCAAUGAGUUCGAGCUAGGCGGUCAGAGUAAGAAAUAAGAGUUAGGAUAUCGAUCCAAGCGGGAGUUCAGGGGAUGCAGAUGGAAGAAUUUCCAGUGCAACUUCCUUGAGGGAUGGCAUUGUCUGUUGCUCGUGCACACGUACAUAUUCGUUGCUUCUAACUUUCCUCAGCACUUUCCACGCCCCCGGGUAGCACCUGUUUUAAUUAUUUCCCAUAUUCGUUGA